CGUCUGCAGAAGCCCGCCUGCCGCAAAAGAUUGCUUGAUCGAGACUGGCUUUCCAAAGCUGGCGAAUCGCGCCCGCCGCGAGUGUCAUGGCGCGAUGAUGGAGACGAGGAGCUUCUCUCUGGGGUCUGGGGCGGUGAUAGCAAGAUAAAACGUCUGUCGUUUCUUGAUCUGGGAGGGACGACGGCGGCAGGCUGGGAGGGUGGUGGUGGAGGUGUCUCCCAGGCUCCGCACAACCGUCCAUCCACACACACGCACCUGUCCGCCAUGUCCAAGACUUUCACUGCAGAAGAAGUGUCCCAGCACAACACCAGAGACGACCUCUGGAUCAUCUACAACAACAAGGUCUACGACGUGACCCAGUACCUCGACGAGCACCCCGGCGGAGAGGAGGUCAUCCUCGACUGCGCAGGCAGCGACUCCACGGAACCGUUCGACGACAUCGGCCACUCGGAGGACGCCCACGAGCUUCUUGCCGGCCUGUGCAUCGGCGAGCUCACCGGCGGCUUGAAGAAGAAGACCAAGGACGCCGGCGCCUCCGGCGCCGGCUCCAGCGACUCCACGCUCCCGCUCGUCGGCCUCGCAGUCCUCAUUCUCGCCAUCGUCGCCUACUUCGUCCUCAACAAGUAGGCGCCGUGUCUCUCUCCUCCUCUAUAUCAUUCUGAACAGAACCUACACUAAUACUCCACACGCCGUCUGCCCAUUGACUGGGCGCCGGCGUCUCUCCAGCACGGCCCCACGGGGCCCCUGUUCCCGGGCGUCCCCUCUCUCUUUCUGUAUUCCUCCGUACUCGUAUAGCAAGCUAGAUAGAUAGACAACACAGCUCCUGAAACAGC